AUGCCUCCGGUGGAUUAUGGCCCUUUGCAAACACAGGAAGUCAGCGCAUGGGAUGAGAUGGAGAGCAAGCAGCUCUUGGGAUCGACGGCCAGGAAGUGUUUUCAAUGCUUUUGUUUCGGGCUUGCAGGCUGGCUGUGGGCCCUUGUGACAUUUGCUUUGUGCAUCUACGCUGCUGUAUGUCCCAAUGUGAGUCUAGCCUACAUAUAUGGAGAGAAGGCCACGCGCAUGGUGGCCUUGAUGCUGGGCUUGGCUAUCUUGUGUUCCAUGAACGCAACAAAGGCAGCUGCAAGCCUUUUGGACAGCGAAGAAUUUGGACAGCUGUUGACCAACUACAGACACGCAGCUGAAGACGACAGUCAUACUCGCGAAGACGACAUUCGUACUCGAGAAGUCCUGCUGACACAGCUGAUUUUCGGCCUCGUGACUGGUAUCUUACUGUUCCCAGCGUUCGGAUCAGAACAGAUUUAUGUCGCAGGAUGGCUUGGUUUGAUAGGUUGGAUGGCGGCUUACUCGCAGGGCUACAAGCGUGUCUUGUGGCUGGUCCAGAGAUUGAGCAAGUGCCUCGUGCAACAAUUUAUGGCCGAGAUGCAUGCUGGGCCAGCGGAGUGGAAGGGCACCGGAAAGUUCUGGCAGGAUAUGACGACGAAGCACUACGAUAUGGACCUCAAACUUCAGAGUGCCUGGACCCUUGCCAGCUGGGCUUUUGCUCCCGAAGUGGCUUCCUUGGGUAUUUUUACGAUGAUCGCUUUGGUGGCUUGCUUGUCUGCAGCAAUCAAAAGCAAGAAUGGUGCUCUGGCUCUUGCCAGUUUGCUUGGUGUAGUACCGCCACUGUUUAGGCUGGGAAAGGACCUGCAGCGAAUUGCAAGCAUCACAGACAUGUGCUUGUCAACAACCGCUACAAGCAACAACAAAAAAAGCAUCAUGUCGCUUGCAAUAGCACAGUCCGGCCACAGCCCAUUUAGUCCGAGUGAGAUCCAGAAAGCCGGCUACGGCAGGGUUGAUGAUGAGCGCGCUGAUCACGCUGUCUUUCUCCGCUAUUUGAUGAUAAACAAAUGUGGAGUGGCGAUGUUUGGUGUUCUGAUUGAUUCGAGAUUCAUCCUGGGUGUUCUGGCCAAUGUUGCCACUGCAUUUUUUGCACUACUCUCUUACCUGUUGGCCACCCUUGAUAUCCAGGCCGAUGAUAUAAUGCAGGCUCAACAGAGCUUCACACGUGAGCUCCCAUUUCAAUCUACCUAG